UCCUCCUCAACCAACUAUUUGUUUCGAGAAUAUCUCGGAGCAGAAUUCAAGCAAGUGACAUUCUCCGACGUGCCUAUAAACUCGGGAGUAGAGUUCCACUACAUCCUCUCGUUCGCCAUCGACUACACAACAGCCUCGUCCUCGCCAUCCCCGACCAACGGCAAGUUCAACGUGUUCUGGGACACCGACAAUCUGAGCCCGGGCGCCGUGGCCGCCAUCAAGGCCAAGCACCCCAACGUUAAAGUCGCCCUCAGCUUGGGCGGCGACAGCGUCGGCGACGGCGAGAGCGCCUUCUUCGACCCCUCCUCGCCGGAGACAUGGAUAUCGAACGCCGUCUCAUCGCUGACGCAGAUCAUACAAGAAUACAAUCUGGACGGCAUCGACGUCGACUACGAGCAUUUCAAAACGAAACCAGACACGUUUGCGCGCUGCGUGGGGCAGCUGAUCACGACGCUGAAGAAGAACGGCGUCGUUUCGUUCGCGUCGAUCGCGCCAUUUGACGACGAGGAGGUGCAGAGGCACUACAUGGCGCUGUGGAAGGGGUACGGCGAUCUGAUUGACUACGUGAACUUUCAGUUCUACGCGUACGAUGAGGGGACGACGGUGGCGCAGUUUUUGCGGUAUUUCGACGAGCAAAGCGGCAACUACGGGGGCGGGAAGGUGCUGCCGAGCUUCAUAAGCGAUGGGAGCGGCGGGCUGGCGCCGGAUGGGGGGUUCUUCACGGCGUGUAGCAAGCUCAAGAGUGAGGGGAGGCUGUAUGGGAUCUUUGUUUGGUGCGCCGAUGAUUCUAAGGGGUUGGGAUUCAAAUAUGAGAAACAGUCACAGGCGCUUAUUUCCAUUUCACAUUAG